AUGAUCGCUACUGCCCGUCUCCGCGCCACGCAGGGCGCCUGCGACUCCGACGCUACCGGCAGCAGCAGCGGCUCCGGUGAGGAGAGUGAGGCGGACGGCACCGGGCAGCAGCACCUGGCCGCGGCCUCCCCGGGACGUCGCCAUGCAGAGUGCCAGUGGGCCACGGAGAGAGCAGCCAUUAUCUGCCGCUGGACGUGGUUGCAGGCUCAAAUCUCUGAUUUAGAAUAUCGAAUAAGACAGCAGACAGAUAUAUACAAGCAACUUCGUGCUGCCAAGGGUCCAGUAGUCCUUGGUGGUGACCAUCAGCCUGGAAACCUAAUGAAGAAGCAGGACCAGUUGGGUUCUGUGUCACUGGUGACCUCCAGAAAGAAUAAGUGGCUCUCGCCUUCAUCUUCUAUCCCAAGGUGCCCUGCAGGAGAUGCUGUGCCUUCCCGUUUCCUGUAUAAUAUGCAGAAGCAGAGCUCCCAUCUUACACAAUCUUUAAGAAACCCUACAUGUCAAAGGCGUUCCUGCACCCCCAUCAGUGGGUGUCCAGCACCCCUCAGAGCCUGCACCACGUCACCCCGCCAAGUCAACGGAGUGUUUAACUGUUUGCGUACUGGCUCUUCCAGCAGCAGUUCUCUGAUCAGCAUGAACGUGGGGAGAUUUGGCGAACAAAACCCAUUUCAUAGCCUCGUUGCUGUGUCGGACGAUACCUGUGUUGCUGCUAGAAUCCGCCCGGUUUGCAGAUACAAGAGGCGCAAGCUUGUCCGAGCUACCUCGGUGUCUCACUUCAGCAGGAAACUGCUGAAACCUCUCACAGUGAAGUGCAGCUGUGAAUGGCCCAACUCUUGCAUCCUGUGUAGCUGCAAAGCCUCUGUCCAGACAAUAGACCCCGACACCAUGUCCCUAGAAGAGCGCAUAGCCCUCCUGGACUCUGGCUUCCACCCCAUUCUCUCUUUAUCUCAUGGCAACCCUCUCCACUUGCACUUUGAGACCUUAUUAAGAGAAGACAGAUUGCAUAGACUAUUGAGCCAUGAGCUGAAGACUCUGAAGAUGUGCCAUUUUGGAAGGAAAGAUCCAACUACCAGGGUGUUCCCAAAGCUACACUCUUCACUCCUGCUUGCUUCCCGGUCACUGUUCGAAGGGAGAAGGCAGCUUGAAGGAUCAUCCCGUUGCAGCUUCCCUGUUUCCAGUCCUUGGGCCCAUAAAUAUGGUUCCUUGCACCACCCACUGUCUUUGUACCCAGAGACUCCUCCAGCCCCUUCUGCCAGCCAGAUCCCCCUCACUGGCAGCUCCACAAUGCAGUCCUCAAAAAGAAGAAAAGUGGAAUGCUCCUAUGACAUCGAUAACAUUGUGAUCCCAAAGUCAAUGGCAGCUGCCACUCGGGUGGAGAAGCCUCAGUACAAAGAGAUUGUGGUACCAAGCUGGAGGACGGUGGAGCUUGAACUGGAGCCUUUCAAUCAAGCAGACUCUGAGCUGGAGGAUACUUCUGAUGAGGUGUACUCCAGUCAUCACUCCAAAUAUGAAGAUCUUGAACGAGCCCGCUGGGAUUCCUGGGCAACAGUUCCUUCCCACAAGCGAGGAGGCAGGUCCUCCAACAAAGCAGACAGCCGAUGGGCCAGGCAGCCUCAGCCAGCAUCUCCAGUUACUGGAUUUAAUUGCCUUAACGAUCUGUGUGUGCACUGUUUGACCAGCUCACACGGCUUUGAGACUUGUAGUGGUUUGCAAGCCCUCUCUGUUCAUGGUCAGACCAGAAUGGUGCUGUCUUGCAGUGAGUCUUCCCUGGAAAUGCUGUAUGCAGCAAUGCAGAAUGUACAGCCUUGGGAGCCUCGCAUGUUUCCACUUUCAGAUUCUGCCUACCAGGAUCUUCUCCAGCACCCAACUGCAGACGUCUGUGACCAGGCUGGUGUUCAGCCCUGGGUCUCUAGCAAUAAGCCAGGCAUCAGGCCUUCCUCCAGAGACACUGUCAUACCCGCCUUCACGGGGACACAGUUUUCAGAUGCACACCUGCAAACAGCAAUAAAAGCAUAGAGGAAUUCAGUCUGGCACUGUGCUCAGGAAAGCUUGCCAGCAAUCAUUAACCUGACCUGGGGUGUGCUUGAAGUGUUAGCUGCGCGUGCUGUGGCGUCAGAAGGCUGUCUGCUGGACCUGUGCCGUGGGGCGCACCGCUACCUGUCACACCGCCUUUCAGUGGCAGAGGAGGAGAUUUCUGGAUGAGGAGGGGUUUAGGCACUUGCUGGAGCUAUGGUGCCAGACCUCCAAGGGAUAGUGCUUUUUAGAAAGACCAAUUUCUGGUCAGGUCUGCAAAACAAGGAAGGUUAGGUGCUGCUACAGUGCUGGGUAAUACAUAAAGGAAGGGAGAUUUGAGUAACAGGCAUUCCAACAGUAGAAAGAAAACAGCGCUGUUCAGUCUCUGUCUUCACAAAAGUGCCUCCCAGGUGGCUGUUGGGUCCUUUUGUGGCUAGAAGCAGGUUUCACGGUGGUGUUUGCUCGCUCCCAGAUCGAUUUCCAAAUGCCACAAAAGUCAAGAACUCUUGUGAAUUCGAUAUGAACCAAAGACCUGGUGAGGAAGAAGGAAGGAGAAAGCUGCAUGGUCUGUACUCUAAAAUGCAGCUUU